AUGUGCUCAGUAGUACGUACAGUUGCUGCUUCUAAUGCGCGUAUCUUAUCUUCUUUAAAAUCACCACUAAAUGUUGUCGUUGUUGGUGGUACAUCAGGUAUUGGUCGAGCAAUUGCCCUUUCAAUUGGUCAGCAUUGCCCAUCUGCCAACAUCACUAUUAUCGGACGAAACGAAUCUGCUGCUAAUUCUAUAUUACCACAAUUAGGUUCAAAUUCAAAGUUUCUACGUGCCGAUGCAUCGCUUAUGUCUGAAAUUCGAACUGUUACACAAAAAAUUGAUGCAGUGGAUAUGCUGAUUUUAACACAAGGUAUAUUGUCAAUGGCUGGCCGUACACCAACGACAGAAAAUAUUGAUAAUAAACUAGCUUUACAUUACUAUGGCCGAGUAUUAUUCGUACAAGAACUUCUGCCAUUACUUCGAUCAUCGCAAAUCGGUGGUAAAGUUCUGUUUGUUUUGGAUAGUGUUAAUGGUAAUCCAUCAAAGGUCAAUUGGAAUGAUAUGGCUCUUGAAAAUACAUAUUCCCUUAUGGCGGCUGCCACACAUGCAACAACAUUUACCGAUCUUGUUAUACAGCAUUUUGCGUCACAACCAGAAAACACAAAUGUCACAUUUACACAUGCAGGUCCAGGUGCAGUUCGAACACAAAUAGCUGAUAAUUUACCAUUCUGGAGUCGAUUGCCAGCGAAAGGUCUCAUGGCAGGUCUCAUGGCAAUAGGUGUUGGUACCAGUCCAGAAGAUUGUGCUGAAUAUAUGAUACAUGGAAUACUUGGAACGGAUAAAGGUUGCAGAUAUGUCGAUCGUAAAGGUGAAACUGUGCUAAAGAAAACACCAGCACAACCAGAUAUGAUAGAAAAAGUUUGGGAACACACAUCUCAAUUACUUUCUUCAACGCAAAGAAACCAUUCUUAA